GCCAGUCCAUCACUCUUGUCCUUCACGCUACGACUUCAACUUCCUUGUCUCCCACCGUCUCGUGCCCUUUCCUCUUCGGCUCUCGCCGGACUUCUCAUCGUCACCCAUCAGCAGGGCUGCGCAUCUGAUCUGCUGGCUGCUGCACAUCAGACAUGGCUCUCGAUGACGGGAGAGCCAAUGGCAGUAGUGGAGAAGCAUCUGGAGCGGAGGUCCAGGUGGACACCUCACAGCAGCCGACAGACGCUACCGGCCCCGCUACGCCAGCUCCUCCGUUGCCGGACAAGCUCGAUGACUUUUCGGACGCUCAGGAGAAGAUGAAUGACCUCUCAAUAGAGACUGCAGGCUCCUCCGCUGCCGUUACGUCGGACAGGGCCGCGCCCUCCAAUCUGGCCUCGGCCAUUGCUCCGAUCACCGAUACCACGGACGACGAUGUCGAGACCUUGAAGGCGAAGCUUGCGGAGCUGAGCAACCAAGUCUCUGAUCUCAACUCGAAGCUAGUCACGUCGUUCAAUCGCGUCUCAGAUCUGGAAGAUGACCUCUCGGAGGCAAAGGAGAAGGCCAUGACUGGGACUACCAGGGUCGCAGAGUUGGAAAAGGAGCGACAGGAACAUCUUGCCGCUCUGAACACUGGCCUAUUGGUAGAGAAGGCACACGUCAGUUCAGAGAUGCAACGUAUGAUGGACAGAGUCAUUGAGGAGACGAAGCAGAGGGGUCAGGCGGAGAGCGACAAGGCCAAGAUCGAGUCUGAGCUCGACGAGCUCAGCGCCAGUCUCUUUGGUGAGGCAAAUCGCAUGGUCGCCGUCGAAAGACUUGCGAGGGCUAGAGCGGACGAGAAAAGUAAACAGAUGGAAGAUCGCUUGCAAGAUACUGAAGGGAUCAUGCUCGAGCAGCAAAAGGUGCUCGGAGACCUGCAGAGCCAAUUAGACGCAUACAAAGCAGCAGAAGAACACUCGCGAGUCGAGGACGACGAAGAAGGCGGUGAGAUGCCAACAGUGGGAAAGUCCACCACUGCAGUGUCUAUGAAGAGGCAGCAGACGAGCGCAGACACCAGUCCAUAUCAAGAUCGCAGACUGCUGAUGCUCGAUAUCGUGCCAUAUCAAGAGCUGCGCUCUUUUCUCGAUCACCUUCGCAAGCUGCGUAAGUCCCUCGCUCCUUUCUACAACUACCCUUACGAUCCGAGGAAGACGAGCAUGAACCGUCAGCAUUCACUGGACAUGACGACGCCGAAUCGAGCUUCUUCCCCAGCUAUGGGCUCAACGCUCUCGGCUGUGGCCUCUCUCACCAGUCAAGGCUUGUAUUCGGACUAUCACCAAAGCACGGCUAGCAGCGUCACACCUUCUUCUCCUUUUGCGGCCGCCGGUGUGUCACGGCACAAGGACUAUCCGACUCUGCCAUCCAAUUGUGAGCAGCUUGUUCACAUUCCUUCUCAACUGUCACUGCCGUUUAUCAAGAGGUCCCAGGAGGAAGAUUCUGAUCCCUGUCUACGGAUCGACUUCGCUCCCGGUCUGAAUUGGCUCACGAGGAGAACAGCGAACACUUCUGUGCUUGAAGGUAACCUGCUCAUUGAGCCACUGUUUCCAGGAGGGACAAUUGAGGAUGCACAAGCAGUACGAGAUCAGUAUUCGAGCAGUCCCCCCGCAGCGUGCGCGAUGUGCGGUAUGCUGCUCGUCAAUGUUCCUCUCCCAGGUGGCGAGGACGGCAAGUCAACGACAGGCACCCCUGACCUGCGUACAGUCUCAGGUUGGGCGAGCUCUGUAGCUGCGGCCACGAAUUCCGCCGCAUUGUCAUUGCGAGAAGCUGCAGGAUCUUCUCAAAAGGCGGAAGUCGGCGAGAAGCCUUCUCUAAAGAGCAGCAGGAGUGGACUUUUCGGAUCUCUUAAUGCUCUGCGUAGCAAGACGGGCAGCCCCAAGCCUACACAGCAAUCGCAGCCAUCCAUCGGUGAGGUCGAGCAGGAGGCGACGGUGCAGGCCACCGCAACGCCCGCGGCUGCCCCUGGACCUAUCCCAGCAGUGGACUUCGGAUCACUGCCGAUCCCAACACACAUUUUCCGGAUCUCGGAGAGCUCCAACGCUCGGUACUUACUCUGCCCGCAUCACUGUCUUGUUCGUCUGAGAGCUGCAUGCGCCUUCUGGGGCUACAUCCGCCACAUCGAGCGAGCGGUCGUGCUGGAGGGCAAGCUGGCCUGGGACAAUGAGCAGGCAGCACCGCCCGCAGGCGGAGUGGUCAAGCCGCAAGCUCGAAGGGCUUCUGUGGCGCCUGCCACAACCACAGAGAUUUCUGCUACUGACAGCGAGAUGACAAAGGUCGAUAGCCAGAUCUCGUAUGGUACCGAAGUUGCGCCGGCUGUGCCUCUUUCGGAUGAGCUGCCUUCGUCCUCUCUCGAGGUGCCUAGAGGGAGUGGAUCUAUUCAUUCGAAUGAUGCUGCAGGACAGUCGGACGAUGGGUUCCACGACGCAGAUGCAGGAACAGCGCCGCCCUCACCGGAAGAGACAUUUGGAGAUGCAGCGCCAGCUCUGCCGACAAAGGCAACAGCGACAGACGACACGGCUCAAGAAGGUGCAGUGGCGGAGCCAAGCACAGAGACUCCUUCGGCUGCCGAAGCAGGAACGUCAGAGACGCCAGAGGCGCCAAUUGUGUCAGCCGCAGAUGGUGCAAGUGCGGCCCCGUCACCAGCCCCGGCGGUUCCGCCGCGUCGCCUGCGACCUGUUCCAUCCCCAGCACCAACAGCUUCUGCGACGGAAGGAGGAGGAACGCCAACGCUACCACCUCUCCCACGACGUCCCACAAAUCCGCCUGCCGGUCAUGCACCCGGUGCUGCUGCUGCUUCGGCUGCCACGGCUCUGCCUGCGCUCGCUCCUUUGGGCAUUCCUCCGAGGAAGACGCUGCGCGUGGAUGGCGUCUUGACAGGUGAGGAGAAGCCUCUGAUUUGGGACGAAAAGGUGUACCUGGAGGUGCUGAGGCUGAAGAGGGUCAUGUGGGAGGCUAGGAUCGGAGUCAAGGAGGAGUAACGGAGUCGAAGGAAGAGAAGAGGGGCGAAGAAAAGGAACAAAGGUUGUGAAUACUUCGAUAUGGGGUGGAGAAUAACGAUGAACAUAGCUCAAGCGAGGUAGCUGUGACACAUUGAUAUCUAAUAUUGAGCGAUGAUGACAUGAUGAAAUUGUGACCGAGCAACCUCUGUCCUACGAGGAGCUGAGCGUGUAAGAUGCGCCUGCAUCGCUGCCUUCCCCAUCUAAACGUACAUCCUACUUGCUCAAUAGGACGAUGUAGCCC